AUGCGAGCUCGAAUCUCUUCUAUUCUGUUCGUGGCCGUCUUUGUGGCGAGCAGUAUCGACUUUAUUGCUGCGGAAUCAAAAACAACUCCUCGUCUUCGCCACCAAAAUGACAAGACCCCCCGUUACCUCACAACAACUCCCACGACAGGAACCGCGAGCAAUGAGGAGAGAGCCUUCGAGUGGAUGAGAAAGAUGUUACCAGGAAAUGGAAUGUCCAAAGCCGAACCAAACAUUGGCAACUAUGCGUCAUUGGCGCGUACUACGAGUGGGGUGGCGCAUACUGUGACCAAAGAGAGCACAAGUUUCAAGGCCAUCCAUAAGACUGCCGUUGCUAUUAUCAUAGCUGUGGUUUUUGCAAUACUUCUACGCUUGGCCUUACGCUUGCAGUAA